AAAACUAUUUCAACUCUAAUCCUUUGGUGAAAAGAACUGAAGUCAUGAUUACUUCAUGGUUUCUCUCUGCUGUCACUUUUGUGCUUCUCAUUAAAGAAAGUGGAGCCUGGUCUUACAACGCCUCCACGGAAAGCAUGACUUAUGAUGAGGCCAGUACUUAUUGUCAGCAAAGGUACACACAUCUGGUUGCAAUUCAAAACAAAGAAGAGAUCAAGUACCUGAACUCCAUAAUGAGCUACGCACCAAGUUAUUACUGGAUUGGAAUCAGAAAGGUCAACAACGUGUGGGUCUGGGUAGGCACCCAGAAGCCUCUGACAGAAGAAGCCAAAAACUGGGCUCCAGGUGAGCCGAACAAUAAGCAAAAUGACGAGGACUGCGUAGAGAUCUACAUCAAGAGAGGCAAAGAUGAGGGCAUGUGGAAUGACGAGAGAUGCAGCAAAAAGAAACUUGCCUUGUGCUACACAGGUAGGGAGUUUGCGGCAGCAGUGGGCGGUAGGUUCAGUGUGUGGGCAUCUUGACAAAUUUACAGUAUGCAACAAUUGGUAUCUAUUGUGGUAAGUUAAUGUUCUAAAAGAUACGAUUCUAAAACAUUCUGUUUAACUGCUAUAGUAUUUCUUUUUGCUUCUUUGUGUGAAUGUAGGCAAGAAUGUGUGUACAUAUGCAUACAUGUAUGCAUAUAUAUAUGUAGUUCUGUACAUAAAUAGAAUGCAUGUACACACAUAAAUCCAAAUUUUAGUUACUUGCUUAUUUGUGGUAAGGGAACUGUCUUCAGAGUUUGUGGUAAAGUGAACUUUUCAUGCUUGGUGCCAGCUGUAGCUACACUCCAGAUGUACAGACAUUAAUAUCAAGGCUUAAAAUAGAUGAGCCUGAAACUCAGA